UAUAAAUUGACUUGCAUUUCCACAAUGCAAAUAAAUACCAUCGAAAUCGCGCAAACAAUUAAAACUAUGAUUUUAAAAAAUUUAUUUAAAGGAUUUAUAAUUUUACAUACAAUUUCCUACGCCCUGAGCAAUUUUAAAUAUGAACUUGUGGUCCAAGAUGAGGAGUUGAUUAUGUCUUGUAACAAUAAUAAUACAAAAUUUCCAGACAUUUAUUUUGAUUCCAGCAAUUUAAAGUUUGAAAUAUUAGAAGAUGGUUACAUCAAUUUUGUGGGCACAUUAGAAAUUACUAAUGCAUUUCCGAAAAACACAAUAUUAAAGAUAAACCUGGAUUUUUAUAAAAAGGAUCGGGGUUCCUGGGUUAAUAGUAUAUACAAUUUCAAACGUCCUGACCUUUGUAAAGCAAUGUUUGAUCCCACCGAAUUAUGGUAUAAAUUUACAAGCAGUGUACCUAUCGUACAACGAAAAUGUCCUCUAUAUAGUGGGCAACAGUUUACAUUUAAUACAACAGCGGAUAUGAUAUUCAUUUUUCCUAGUCCUCGAAUGGCUGGCGAAUAUAAGGGUCAUUUUAUAUUAUCUGCUCAGAAUACAAACACAAUUAUAUGUGCGGACAUUUUUUUAAAUAUUUAUAGGGUUUAAGAGAAAGAAAUCUUUAAAACAGGACUUAAAGUAAAUAAUGAGAAAUAUAACACUGAAUAACAUUUUUCAAUAAAACAAUUUAAA